UCUCGGACCCUUAUAUUUUUGUUGGUACAUGCUAAAUUUUAACUUGCCAAUUAGACGGUCAAAAUUCAAAGAGUUUGACUCGUUUUCUCUAAAUGGGUAUUAUUGCUAAAUCUCUAAACCCGACAUGAAUUUGCAAUAAAUCGGGUGAGAUUUAGUUAAAAUACUGACGGAUCAUCUGAUAUAUAUGGAGAGAGACGGAGAUUGUUUUGUAGGUGAUAAAUCUCACCCAAGUAUUCAAUUUGAUGGUGAAGGGUCAGCUCUGAGUUCAAAUUUUUUCUUGGAUCAUGUUGGGGAAGUUGUUGUCACCCUUCAUCCUGAUGGGUUAUCGUGGAAAUUGAUUGAAUCCACAAACAACAAGCAGGAUGGAUCAUCUUGUCUGGGUAUAAAACUUGUUUCGAAGAGUGCAACUGCAAUAAAGUUUUCUGAUGUGUAUGCUGUUGAGGUCAUCAAUUGGGGAUUGGUUCAUGAGUCUAUUCUUGAAAAUGCGGGAGGAUGUCUCAUGGAUCAUGCAUCUGAGAUGUAUCGUUUUAUGGUACAUUGUGUCCAGAAGUCGAAGACUCAGCCUUCUCUUUGGGCCCCAUCUGUUUACACUUUUGGUCACAAGGAUAAGCAGACAUGUCAAAUGUGGGUGAAUCAAAUUAAUGCUUCUCUGAACAAGGAAACAGGGCGACCUAAGAGUCUUCUGGUUUUUGUUCAUCCACUGAGUGGGAAAGGAAAUGGAUGUAGAACUUGGGAGGCGGUGGCUCCUUUAUUUUCUUGUGCGAAAGUGAAAACUAAGGUGACUGUGACACAAAGGGCAGGGCAUGCUUUUGAGGUGAUGUCAUCUAUUACAAACAGGGAGCUCAGUUCAUACGAUGGCGUUGUAGCUGUUGGUGGCGAUGGUUUCUUUAACGAGAUCCUCAAUGGACUUCUCUCUUCAAGGCAUAAAGCUCCCUACCCACCAGCCCCUACAGAUUUAGGUCAUCCUGUCGAUAGUGACGGCAGUUCCUUGGUUCAUGAUGCAAAUGAAACUGUUGCAGAGCCUUCUGUUCCUAAUGAAGACCAGUCUCCUCUUAUCCCAAAUUCAAGACAUAAUGGAUCACAAUUCACAAAUAUCAGUAUGUUCCAUGGAACUGAAGAUGGCUCUUCCCACACAGCAGAUCAAGAUCUUGAGUUUUCUCUCCCAAAUGAACGAUUUAGGUUUGGAAUCAUUCCUUCGGGUUCAACUGAUGCCAUUGUGAUUUGUACCACCGGAACUCGAGAUCCUAUGACAUCUGCAUUGCAUAUUAUCCUUGGUAAAAGGGUGUGCCUUGAUAUAGCUCAAGUUGUAAGAUGGAAAACAACAUCUACAUCGAAGGUUGAACCUUGUGUGCGCUAUGCAGCUUCUUUUGCUGGAUAUGGAUUUUAUGGAGACGUCAUUACAGAGAGUGAAAGAUACCGCUGGAUGGGCCCCAAGCGAUAUGAUUAUGCAGGCACAAAGGUGUUCAUGAAGCACAGGUCAUACGAGGCAGAAAUAGCAUACGUAGAACUUAAAUCAGAAAAAACAAAUUCAAUUCCUGAGAGAGGUCCUCGCAAUAGUAGAAUACAAGGACUGUGGGGCCUAUCUAAAAGAUCUGACAGAGUAACUUGCCGUGUUAAGUGCAACGUUUGUGCUACAAAAAAAAUUCCCGCAUUGGCAGAACAUCCCUACCCAACACCAUAUUUGCAUCCUGAGGAAUCAAGAUGGUUGAGAUCCAGAGGGCGUUUUCUUAGUGUUGGCGCUGCUGUAAUCUCUUGUCGGAAUGAAAGAGCACCUGAUGGUUUAGUGGCUGAUGCACACCUUUCAGAUGGUUUCCUGCAUCUUAUUUUGAUUAAAGACUGCCCUCGCGUGUUCUAUUUGUGGCACCUUACACAGCUUGCAAGGAAGGGUGGAAACCCCCUGAAUUUUGAGUUUGUGGAGCAUCAUAAAACUGUGGCUUUUACAUUCACUUCUUUCGGGAAGGAGAGCGUCUGGAACUUGGAUGGUGAGCUGUUCCCAGCACACCAACUCUCAGCUCAAGUAUUUCGAGGCCUUGUUAGCUUAUUUGCAUCUGGCCCUGAAGUUUAGCAGAAUACCUCGGAACCUGAGACCCUCUUUUUGUAUCUUACAUCUGCUCUAAUUACAAAAUCUUGUAUUGUUAACCAAAUCAGUUAGUGUAGUUUUGUGCAACCACAUACCAGAUGUUAUUUGUAUCAUCUUCAUCCACAUUCCCCCUUCUUUUUGUUUUGUUUUGUUUUUUUUUUUUACAUCUACAUGUUGUAUAAGAUUUAUCAGACUUGUAAGCAUUGUUAUUCGAAGCUCAUUCCAAAGAAUGAUACCAACAACUUCCGAUUAGCA